UUGGAUAAAAGUCUAGGAAAGGUGCGUUUAACGAACCAAUCACAUCACACCAUACACACUGUGGCAUUUCUGUAUCCAUGGUGAUGAGGCAAUAGAAAGUUAAUAUUAAAUUUGAAAAUGGUGAUGUUUCUCAAUCAUGAAUUGAACAAUGUUCGGAGAAAGAGAAGAAUAUGGACGAAACAAGCAAGGUGGGGAGAAUUUGGUUGGGAAAAAUGAUGAAAUAAGCUUCUUGCCAAAAACUGCAGAUGAAUGGCUUGAAAAAUUGGGUUUUGGAACAUGGCCGAUAAAAUUAAAGGAAGAGAAUAGUCUUAACCUAACACCGGAGGAUGUUGGAACUGGUACUCUUGAAGAUAUCAUAAAGGCCUUAGCAGAAUACGCGCCUAUUGAUUUUGAUUGCCUUGACGAAGUACUGCAGGAAGUUGAACAGGUAGAGAAGAAAGUACACUUUUAUGCUUCAAAGAUUUUAAAUGUACAGGAUCAUGAUGGCAAAAGUGGUAAAGAAGGUGAAACAAUGUCAGUAACACCAGCAUUAGUGUCUAAAUUUUGGAACAGUGAGGUGUCAAAUGUUCUACAGUCAGGAAAGAAAUCCAAAGUUAAGGAAACUUUGAAUUGUAAAGCAAAAACAAUUGAGAACACUUCCUACUAUGGUUUCAUUCCAAAUAAACUGACUCCUUUACCAGGAAACAUAGAAUCUUUACAACAUUUGAACAAAGUCACAGUGAUUCAAAAUUUUCAGCAGCCAUUUAAAAAUGUUUGGAAGAGAUUGAUAUUAUCCGAAGCAUCUGUUGCUGUCUUUCAAGAUGCAUUCUGGUGGAUUUUUUGCCAUCUUUUUGAGCCAAAAGAGCCCAAGGAUAUGAUAUUCUCUCGAAUUGCACAUAGCUUUGUUGCACUGUUUUUUGACAUUCCUUUAAAACACAAAGACAAAUUCUUUUUCCAUUAUCCCAAUUGUCUUUCCCAAGCUCUAUAUUCUGGAUUUUGUGAAGCUUUUCCAGAUUCUUAUGAAGUUUUUGGGAAGGACUUUAAAAGCACGUUGAUAAACAUUAUUUAUGAAUGGAUUUCUGGUGUGAGGCCUAUUCCUAUGUUGUGCGAGAGCUGGCAUCUGGAUAAACUAGAGCCAGCUGGAUUACAAAAAACAGAAGAGCCACGAAAGUCACUUGCUCCCUGUACAUUGUCAUUUGAUAUUGAAGCAGUCUUGAAUUUGGGAAGAAUUUCAUCUUCUUUUAGCAAAUGUAGAUCCCCACCUCCAGUUGUUCAUGACAAGAAGUCACACCCAGCUGGGAGGGGACCAGAUUUUCAGAGAGUUCAGUUUGAUAUUCUUGGCAAUAGUCCAUUGGUUUGGCACUUUUUGUAUGUUAAAGGUAUUAAAGAUGUAAAUGUAGAUCGGCUAAGGACAGUAGUUGGCCGAACAGAAAUAGCUCAGUUACCAGAACCCAGACCGACAUACCAAGAAAUCGUAACCCAAUGCAAGAAAAACUCGCUAUUGCUUAGACAGCAGUAUAACACAGUUCUUCAGCUGUCUGCUGAGGAAAGUCGCCGAAUACAAAAACAGAAGCGUGAGGUGAUAGCAAAGAUUGACAAGAUGCAAAAUGAACUUGCAAAAACACACAGUGACUUCAAGAUUUUCAGUGAAAAAAUUUACAGUUUAGUUUCCCACUCAGAUUACACUGCUUGAUUCUGCAUAAAUUAUUUUAAAAGAAACUAUUUACAUUGCAUUUUCCAUGUCUUACAGUAUUUAAUAUGCCAAUUGAAAAUCUUGAUCUAAACGAUAACUUUUACUCUAGCUUUAGUUCAAUGGACAACUUAUUAAUCAAAAAUGCCUCUCAAUUUAUCUUUA